UUUUAGAGGUACAUGUUUAACCUUCAUUUUGAUGUGCAGGGAGAUCCAAAGUUACGACAGAACAUUGGAAAAUGAAAUGAUAGUUUUUUUCGAGCGUAUUCAGACAUCUUUCACUGAAACACUGACGAACUUGAAGGAGUAUUCAGACAGAAGGAACAUUUCACAUGUAAUUACUGGGAGCUGUCGCAAAAAUGAUUAUCUUAAAAAAUACAUGCGUGGAUAUAAGCAGAAUGAUUCUUCAUAUCAUUUGACUAUAGAAGAAAACAGAGACAAAAACCUGAAGACAUGCAUUUAUGAUAAAAAUACCACUUCCACAUUCAAUGAUAUUAUUGGCAUAUGCCUGAAAAGACUUCCACUAUCUAAGAUAAAGCCUGCUGCAGCUAAAAUAUUGGGCAUUACCCCCGACACAAAGGGAUAUCGAUUUGACUGCAAUUUAAUGAUACGAAAUUUACAGCCAACACUAACAACGGUAACAGAUUUUACUGUUACAAUGGAAGUUAAACGGACUCAAUACUUACAGAAAACAAUGCCAGAUGGUGGUUGGUUUUUAUGUGGUACAGCAGUAGGAAUUAUAACUUCCUCAGCUAUUUUCUGUGCUGUUUGGAAACACUCUACCUAUAAGAACAGGAAAAUUGAAAAACACAGGAAAAAUACUACAGAAGAAGCCAUAGCAUCUGUCUAUCAUGAUAUUGACGAGUAUGAAUUGAUGCCCAUCUAUAGAGAUACCGUAAAGAGAGAACGAUUCAUCAAGCCUAGAGACAUUUUGCCUCGUACAUGUACAAUGCAUACUAACAAAUCACAAAGCGUAACAAAGGACGGUGAUUCGAAUAUGGAUGCAAACAAAGAUAUCGAUGAGGAAUAUGAGAGUAGAGAAAUGAAACACACUGAGCAGUCUAACGGUAUCGUGGAUUUUGAUUGUUACAGACAAGACGAUCAUGGAUUGACCAUCAAACUAGAGGAAAAUAGGGAAAGUGAUCCUUACUUUGUUUUGGCAAAAAGAAAAUCAAGCAUAAAAAAUCCCGAGGAAUUUAAAGAUCAAGAUCCAGAACCUGACAGUGAAACUGUUGAUGUGAAAGUACAUUUUUCUGAUUCUUAUGGUGGUCCCACAGACACAAGAGAACAGGGUGAAGGAAUUAUCACUGAGAAUAAGACUUCUCUAAGUGAUGACUGCGAUGACAAACACGAUGAUGAUACAUACUUUGUCAUUGACUCUACGCCAUGUCCAGCAUGUCCAGAUAUAUAAAGGAAAAUCUUGAACUGUU